AUGUCCAAUCUCGAUAACCGAGUUUUAAAUGUCAUAAAAAAAUCUUCUUUAUUUUCUCUAGUACAAUCUUUAUCAGAAGAGGACAUUAUUACAAAUUUAGCUAUUAAAGUAGAAGACAUCCUCAGUAAAUCCGAUAAAUCCUUUAAUGAUAAGCAGGACGAUUUGUCUGAUUUUAUAUUAGAUUAUCUUGAAUCAUAUAAUAUUGAAAUAGAUACAAACGAAGCAGAUGCUAUUGCAAAUAUUUUGGUUUGGAUUUAUGAAGAAAAUAAAAUGCAACAAAAUGAGAUGUACAAUAAAAUUAUGCAGAUUAAAAGCCCUGAGCCGGCACAACAAGAAAUAUCUGAUUAUGAAAGUGAAAUAGUAGAUCAUUAA